AUGUGGCUCGAAAAGAGUCGCCGAGUCCACUUAGCCGACAAAGUGUCGGAAGAAAGUUAUGAGCCCUUUCUCUCAGCUAAGGAACUUGAGGAGGCAGACGAAAGAAUUGUCGGCAUCUCAAGGAGUAGCCGUCGGGUGGCUAAAUAUUUCACUUGCGGCACGUUAUGGGGUUCAACAUUUUUAGUUUCAUUACUACUUAUAAGCAUUAUUCUCUCCAUAGUAAGAAGCCUUUGGGGAAUAGAAGAUGACCCCGAUAGUAUUUUUGCCAACUGGGGCAAACAUGGUACUGAGACGGAAAAUCUGGCUUGGUAUCCCACAGAUUUCCUCCGCGACGUGACGCCCGUGUCAUGUCAUUCGCACAACGACUACUGGCGUAGAGUUCCCCUUUUCUCAGCCCUUCACGCGGGUUGUAUAGGAGUCGAGGCGGAUGUAUGGCUAUUUGAUAAUAGCUCACAUCUUUACGUCGGUCAUGACAGAGCGGCUUUAACGCCUCAUCGCACUUUUCAAUCUCUCUAUGUGAAUCCCCUCGUGGAUAUCAUAUCACAAAACAACCCCAAGACGCCAUUUUAUAACGAGACCGACGCCCUCCGCGGCGUAUUUGACACCGACCCGGAUCAGACGCUGGUUCUAUUAGUUGAUCUGAAGACGGACGGAGCUAAGACGUUUCCGCAAGUUGAGGCUCAACUGGAGCCCCUUCGAGCCCGAAACUGGCUGACGUCUGUGGAGGACGGCGUUGUCCAUAAACGUCAUAUCACCGUGAUAGCCACUGGCCGCACACCCUUUGAUAUGCUGAUGCAGAACUCAACGUACCGAGACAUAUUUUUUGAUGCGCCGCUGAACGAGUUGUACGAGGAUCCCGAUACCCCUGAGACGAGUGAGGAUGAUGAGCCGUUUGUCUAUAACAGCACAAACUCAUGGUAUGCGAGUGUCAACUUCUUCCGGACAAUAGGAUCGGUUUGGACUCAUCUCAGCGAGGAACAACUCCAACUCAUCCGGGGACAGAUAAAAGGUGCACACAGGAGAGGGUUGAAGGUGCGAUACUGGAAUACACCGGCAUGGCCGAUCAGCCUGAGGAAUAGGAUCUGGCAUACGCUGAUGGCAGAAGGCGCCGAUAUAUUGAACGUGGACGAUCUAAAAGCCGCCACAAGGAGACGAUGGUAG